AUGAAGAAAGUCAAGAUUUCUCUCCAACAAACUCCCAACAAGACAUCAUCAUCACUCAUCUUAACACUACGAACCAUCAACAGCAUUCAGCAGCAUUCAUCACUUGUCCCGACUAUGGCUGAAAGUGAUUCUGAUUAUUCUGAUUCUGGCCUUCCAAGUCUGAAACCGUUUCUGAUUCCGGGAUUUGAUUACAGCAGCACACAGAGAAAUCACGUCACGCAGACCUCGACACCCCACGAUCCCAAUGUCCCCGUCGAGGCGCCUAUCGAGAAUGCACCUGAUACUGAGUCUUCACAGCCAGAGAGUUCAAACGCCCAGAACACUGGAAGUGACCCAGCAAACCCCUAUACGGAUGCCCCAACCGAGGAGGAUCUUGUCAGUUCAGAAACAAACUUCGACACGGAAACCUCAGUAGACCCCGACCACAACGGCCCCGUCGAGGAGCCUGUCGAGUGUUCACUUGAUCCUGGACCGUCACAGGCGAAGAUCUCGGAGGCCCAGAGCACCGGAAGUGACCAGGAGAAGAAAUGGGCUGUGUGA